AACCCCUUUGACUGUCCCGGCCCGCAACGGCAGCGCCCGCGCUGUGGGCGACACGGGUGCAAUGUCUGAACAAGAGCGUGUACAGGAAUGCCUGAGGAAAGAAAUAAGGUCACUUCUCAUUUCCGCCAAAGAUGGUUUGACCCCACAGCAGUUGGAAAAGGAGUACCUUUGGAUGGUUGGCAGCCAUUUGCCAUUCCGAAUCCUUGGCUAUCGGUCAACUAUGGAGCUGGUGUUGGACAUGCCUGAUGUUGUCACUGUCUGCCUCAGUGGGGAUGGUACUGUAAUACUGAAAGCCAUUCCAGAUGAAUCCACCAAAGGAAUAGCAAGUUUGGUUGCAAAACAGAAGAGCAGCCAUAAGGUUCGAAACUCCGAGCAGAAGGGAAGGGCCAGUGUUUGCUCUGGGCCAAGCUCCCGUCGGCGAGUACCUUACCGAGGAAGGGUGCCCCCCAUUCUUCCAGCUGUUGUGAAGAGUGAGUUGAAAGACCUCUUGGCGUUAUCUCCUGUUCUCCUUUCUGAUUUUGAGAAGGCAUUUGUCAGACGAUUUGGACGUUCAUUCCAGUAUGUGCAGUAUGGAUUCCUCUCUAUGUUUGAAGUGCUUAAUGCUGCUUCGGAUGUCAUUUCUGUAGAGCAGACCAGAGCAGGUUCUUUGCUGAUGCUAAAGAAGAGCGUAUCAGAGGAAAAGCAGAGAGGAUGGCCAACAGGGAAGAUGUUUACUCAGCCUUUUAGAAUGAAGCAGGGGUCGUACUCCACAGGCUCCCCAGUUGCAAAGGCCCGUUUUUCACAACCCACUUCAAACAUGGAACUACCGAGGCAAAUAUUGAACGUGGAAAAGACUUUUAAGUCAAAUGCAGUAGAGACUUCAAGGCUGAAUCACACUGAAAAAUUAAACCAGUUGGAGAACACAUUCAAAUCAGUUAUUGCACAAAUUGGACCUGGAGGGACUAUCAAUCCAGAACUAAAGCAUAAGAUAAGAUUUGUUGUAUCCAAGUUUCCAGAGGGUUUGCUUAUGUCUAAACUGCUCAGAGAAUUUGAGAUAAUCUUUAAAGAGCAACUUUCACCAAAAAAAUUGGGCUUCUUAAAUGUGACAGAACUUGUUGGAGCUCUUAGUGACAUUCUCCGUGUUGAGUUCAGGGAAGGAGAACAAGACUUACUGGUGUUUGAUGCUGAUAUGAAGCCACUACCACCUGAUGGAGAUAUUUCAUCAGUCAGAAAUUCAUGUUUAGUUCAAUCGGAUAAGAAAAUAGAAGUCAAAGCUUAUGUCUCCAGUCCCCCUAGAAAUUCACUGUCUACUGCUGCUGUCGAGGAGACUGCCUGGGAUUGUCCUCCUAAAAACCAUAAGGAGCCAGAACAGAAGAUUUGCAAGAAGCCUAAUCUGGUGGUAAAGCCUUUACAGCUGCAAGUAGAAGUUAACAAGUCACAGCUCAACCUGGCAGUGGCCAAUCAUGAUAUCCCACCAGAUGCUGUACGGGACAAGAAAUUAUGCAGACUGCCACCAUUAGAUACCAGUACCCUUGUGGGGGUCUUUGUGGAGUAUAUCAUCUCUCCUAGUCAAUUCUACAUCCGAAUCUAUAGCAGGGAUUCAUCCGAGUUACUUGAAGACAUGAUGAUUGAGAUGCGGCGCUGCUAUUCCAAUCUGCUGGUUUCUGAUCGGUACUCCAUGCCAGAGUAUUUCAUCCAACCAGGACAUCUCUGUUGUGUAAGGAUUUCUGAGGAUAAGUGGUGGUAUCGGGUCAUUAUCCAUCGAGUCCUUGGGAAGCAGGAAGUUGAAGUAUUCUACCCAGACUUUGGAAAUAUUGGAACUGUUCAGAAGUCCUCCCUGAGGUUCCUCAAGUGCUGCUACACAAAGCUUCCAGCUCAGGCUAUCCCUUGUUCUUUAGCUUGGGUGAGACCAGUAGAGGAACAUUGGACGUCCAGAGCUAUUUUGCAGUUCCAGAAGUUGUGUGGUUUGAAGCCAUUAGUGGGGGUAGUAGAUGAAUAUGUAGACGGAAUCCUUAACAUUUUUCUGUGUGAUACAUCCUCACAUGAAGACAUCUAUUUCCAUCAUGUCUUGAGAACGGAGGGCCAUGCUAUUGUAUGCCGAGAAAAUGUCCCUUCUAAGGGUUUCAGAGAACUCAACCCUUUAGCUUUAUAUACCAAAUCCAGUGCAGGGCCAGAGGAUGUGGUCCUGACGGAACUGGGUUAUCCUUCCCAGCAGCACUAUUUUAAUGAAGACCGAGAGAUUAGUCCACAAUCUAAGGAGAGUGAAUUAUCUACCCUGCAAGAUAUUAAUGAUGAAAAGGCUUUCACUCACCUUAAAUCUGAAUUAAAGGAGCCAUUAAAGGAUUCUGAAUUCAAUUCUUUGAAAACCCAAGAUAAGCGCUGUGAAGAAGAUCCAAAGUGGUCCAUCCCAGAGCUAAAGGAUCUGAAGGAAGAAAAUGAGGAUGAGAUCCCCACUGGAAUGCCAUGCCUGGAAUCAGUGACUAUUGGUGAUGAUGUUUGGGAUGAGAACUGGUUACCUCUGCAGGCUAAAAUGGGAAAAGGGGGUGAUGCUGCCUCCCACUUAUUUACCUCAAGUCUUGGUGGAAAGAAACCCUACCCAUCAUGUAAAGAAAUGCCACAAAAGGAUUGGUGCUUUUCUGGACCCAAAGAUAUAUGGGAUGAUUCGUGGCAGACUUCAGGCCUUGUGAAUGGAAUGAAAGUAGAAGUUCAAAAACAAGAGGGAUUGGGUGCUCAGGAAAAAAAUACUGGCACAACCAGGAUUCAAAAGCAGCCAAACCUAGAGAGUUCUUCGGAUUCUUCCACAUUGCCCAAGUUGGAGGAGUUCUACAUCUCUCUGAUUCGGUCACAGCAGUCAGCGGAAGGGAGCCAGCACGAGGCCAGCAGUGUCCAGACUCCGGCCAAGCCCGUUCAGCUGUCCUCAGCAGCCCUUAAUGCAACGCCUCCGGUGCUUGAUCCUGCAGAAAAACGCUCUGGUUCAGUGGAGAGCUCUCCAGAGAGCCUAAAGAAUGAUUUCUCUAGUAGCCAUGCUAUUACAGUAUUCAAAGACAAGAGUCCCGGAGCCCUGGACCAGCUCUCUUUGAUCUUGUCUCCUGAGCACCAGAUUUCCCAGAAGCUCUACAUCCCUCGGAGCACAGCCACUGCGGCCUUGGGGGCUGCUGCACGGUUAGCCACCUCCAGGAGCCUCUUACACUGGUACCCCAGUGUGAAAAGGAUGGAAGCAUGAGGGAGGGGGAGGGGAGAAAAUAAUAAGCCAGGUGCUUUAGGGCUUGGUGAUUUCCCAAGGCCAAAAUGAGGAGGUAUUGAGACAAAACAGUAUUUUGGUAGUUGAUGCCUUUGUUUUUCUGUGUGAUCGUAUGUUAGCUUUAUUUUGCAAACAGUGCACUUUGUUGUGUAAGUAUUGAUAUUUAAUGUUUUAAUUUUUAUUGACAGCGUUUCUUAUUCCGUAUAAGUUUGUUCACCUUAAUGUAGUAGUUUAAAGGAAUUUUUAUUUUUUGUUGUUUUUGUGUGUGUGUGUUUCUAUAAAUAUUUUUCUUGUACAUAUGACUGAUAAAUGAAAACUGAAAAACUAAUGUUUUGUGAUCCAUAUUUAGUAAGACAAAAAUUAUCUCAGAUUCUUAUUUCCAGAAAAAGGAUGUCUGAAUUGUAAAGGCUGCUUUUUCUUUUUCAUUUGAAAUUUUCUAUAUCAUAGGGAUAAUUCAGGCCUCCAGUUCUUACCAUUAUUAUUUCUUUGAAAUGCUAGAAUCAGCCAGAAAAUCCACAUCCUGAAGCUUUGGUCAUGUAAACACUUGCACAUUUAAAAAAAUGUAAGUAGUCUUUCAGUACAGUUUCCUGAAGACUAAUAACAAAAUUCUAGAGACUGGUUGUUGAAACUUGCCUGCACCGUCUCUGUAGGCCUCACAGUUCCCAGGAGCUUCAGCGUUUAAGCAUCUGUGGGACAUGGUGUUCUCUGAAGUCAAAUUGUGUGAAACACCAUAUUGCUAAAGGUAUGAACUAUCAAGAAUAAACAAGAGACCGAAAGGUGAAAUUGAAGAAUAUGAGUGGUACUAGUUUAAGUUCUUUGUGGUAAAAUACUGGACUUAUCCCCAAAUUUAAAAAAAUUGAAUACAGACGCAUUUCUUGAAGUAAAAUCUGAGAAAG